AUGUCAGCUUUCGUCCAAAUGCUGCGAGCAGGGGUUCUGCUGGACCAUCUCACGUACCCUUUUCUUUUCAAGGCUUCGUCCCGCCUCUUCAAGCUGAAACUCGGCCUCUCGGUCCACGCUGGCACGAAAAAGACUGGGUACGAUUCCGAUAGGUUUGUAGCAAAUUCCAUGGUCCAUAUGUACGCGUCAUGUAAGGAUAUAGUUCAUUCACGUAUGGUGUUCGACGAAAUUCCCGUGAAGUAUCUGGUCUCGAGGAACUCAAUGGUGGACGGGUACGCUAAGUGCGGAAACAUGGGUUUGGCGCGCAAUGUGUUUGAUUCAAUGCCUGAGAGAGAUGUCAGUCUCGUGGAGCUCCUUGAUCGAUGGGUAUGUUAA